GUCACUGACCGUUAGAAAUUCCGUCUGCCUUGAAGCCUUCGCCUCGAAGAAAUUGUCCUCUUAAGUUAAGUCCUCACGCCAAAUCAGUCACCGCUUGCUUCCAAUCCGAUUUGCUAUUUGCCGUUGCAGAUCGAUCCUUCCUUUAACCCGUCUGAAUCUGAAAAUCAUCAAGGAAAAAUGGCGCUCGAGUGGGUUGUUCUCGGCUAUGCCGCCGGCGCGGAGGCCAUCAUGGUCCUCCUCCUCACCCUCCCGGGCCUCGACGGCCUACGCAAGGGCCUCGUCGCCGUCACCCGCAACCUUCUGAAGCCCUUCCUCUCCGUCGUCCCCUUCUGCCUCUUCCUCCUCAUGGACAUCUACUGGAAGUACGAGACCCGCCCCAAGUGCGACGGCGACUCCUGCACCCCCUCCGAGCACCUCCGCCACCAGAAGUCCAUCAUGAAGAGCCAGCGCAACGCCCUCCUCAUCCUCGCCGCCCUCCUCUUCUACUGGCUCCUCUACUCCGUCACUCACCUCGUCGUCCGGCUCGAGCAGCUCAACCAGCGCCUCGACCGCCUCAAGAAUCGCGAGUGACCGACACCGAGUAAUCCAUAAUGAUUUACUGUUAUUAGCUAGAUUUGCUAUCUCUUUCUGAGUCUCGGAUGCUGUGGAGAUGUGUCCUAACCAUGCCUCCUUUGCCUGCCUGCCUAUAGUGAAUGCCAAGAUCCUUUCUUGCGUUGCUGUAAUCGCUGAACUGAAGAUGUUCUCUUUUUCUUCAUCCGUGAGUAGAUUUUGUUGCUACCUCCGACAAUAUCUUUUGAUUUUCUUGAUGAUUUAUUGCCGGUAUCUCGAUGUUGGAUUGGCGUAUCUUUAAUUUGA